AUGUCUGAGAUUACUGCUAAAUAUCAGAAAAUUCAAAGUGAAUUGGAAGACUUUAUUCUUGCGAGACAGAAAUUAGAGACGCAGUUGCAAGAAAACAAGAUUGUUCAAGAGGAAUUUAAUUCAUUGAAGGAUGAUUCAAAGAUAUAUAAAUUGACUGGGAAUGUAUUGUUGCCAGUAGAGACAAGUGAAGCUAACAUGAAUGUGCAAAAGAGAUUAGAAUUUAUCAAUCAAGAGAUUGAAAGAUGUGAGAAUAAUAUAAAGACAAAACAAGAAGAACUGGAAAAGGCUAGGUCACAAUUGGUUCAAUCUCGUCAAUCAUAG